AUGACCAGGCACGGAAAGAAUUGUACAGCGAGUGCAGUAUAUUCUUAUCACGAAAAAAAGAAGGACACAAAGUCCUCAGGAUAUGGCUCACAGUCUGACAGACUCAGUAAAGACUCGGUAAAAGAUUUUGAUUGUUGUGGCCUAACAUUGCAACCAUGUAGAGAGCCUGUUAUUACGUCAGAAGGUUUUUUGUACGACAAAGAAGCAAUUUUGGAAUACAUAGUCCAUCAAAAGCAGGAAUAUUCUAGAAAACUAAGAGAGUAUGAGAAACAGAAAAAGAAGUCUACAGAACGGGAGAGAGAAGAAGUACAAUCUGUAAAGAAGAAAGAUGUUGAAAAGUUUUUAACUGCUGAAAGUGUGAUUUUGACCAAGAAAAGCAGUGCUUUCUCUAAAUCACAGGAAAAAGGUUCUGGCUCAACAUCUGGAGCAUCUGGUGACAAAAAAGCAAAUGACCAAGGAAACAAGCUUCCAAGCUUUUGGAUUCCUUCCCUAACUCCUCAAGCAGCCAAAGAAGAAACAAAGAAGCCAGAUAGUAAAGUAUAUUGCCCUAUGAGUGGUAAGCCACUUAAACUGAAAGAGCUCUAUCCAGUCAAAUUUACACCUGUAGUAAAUGAUGACAGCAAACCAACUAUUGCCAAAGAUGCAAGAUAUAUGUGCCCAGUUACUCAUGAUCUGCUAGGAAACUCUGUUCCAUGUGCAGUCUUGAAACCAACAGGUGAUGUUGUAACAAUGGAGUGCGUGGAGAACAUUAUAAAAAAGGACUGGCUGUGCCCACUGACGGGUAAGCCCUUAAAGGAAACCGACAUAAUUGAAAUGAACCGUGGUGGGACUGGAUUUUCAGGAAGUGGCAACGAACUAAAGGCGAAAUCAUUCCGUCCAUCGAUGCAAACAUCUUAAAAUCUUCAGCAAUAGUUAAAGAUUGCAUUGCAUUUCAAUUUGAUGCAAUUUUUUUAUAUCCACAGGUUUCUUUCUUGAUGUAAAUCAUAAUUUGAUGUUAAGCCAAUAUUAACAAGAUUACAAAACACUGUGUAAA